GCAACUCAAGCAAAUUGUUUGAAAGACUUAAUUGAUUUUGGUAACUUAAUGAUACCUUAUUUCCGGAACAACCAGAAUGAAAUUACCUGCGCUGAGGCUGCUGACUUAUAUCUGAGAAUCAACAGGGAGGUUCCGGUACUGCCAGAACAACCAUAUACCGCCGAUGAGUGGUUUCUGCUUUCAGACAGCCUACGGGUGGACUUUACAGGUCAACCUAGAAUUAUGGAUCCGUAUAGCCAGGUUGUUGUUCAACCUGCAUUUGUUGGUGAAGCUGCCUACAUUUUGGAACAUCCCUGGUUUUCGUAUGGCAAAAAAUGUUUGGCACUUCUACACAAGUUAGGUGAAUUUCUAGAUAGACGUUAUCACAAAGCCUGUUACUUAGAAAACUACAGGACAAAGGCACCUAUGAGUCCUAUACUUGAAUCAUUUGUUCGUCAACUUCAAAGACUUGAUGUUUCUGGUUGGAAAGCUAAUCUUCCCGAAUUUGUGAGAGUUAGGUGUUGUAAAUUAACACAUUUCCAAACCACGGCCGAUGAAGAUUCUACUUUUCUGAGACAUUAUCCAGAAUGUUGUUGUUGUAAUCAGAUUAAUUGUUAUUCAAAAUCAAUACUCUCCUGAGCAGCAGGGACUUUAGAACUGAUAUGGGUGAAGGUGUUAUUGUGAUUUUCAGUACCUCAAAGGAAGCAAACACUCUAAUCACAAUACAGCACCAGUUAUAAAAUCCUGAAAUUGAACUACUGCCUUCGAUGAUGAGUUAGAUGGUGAAGAUGAGUCAUUGGAAAAAUGAUGGUUCGAUAAUGAUGAAGAUUUUCAAUUCAUCAACUUCACUCAACUAGUAGAGCCCCAGGUAAGCACACUGUACUACUGUAGUACCAUUCCCAACCACUGAUGCGGUUAUGCCACUCCAUAGUCCAUACUCCGCAGUAAUUGUACCAAAGCUUUUGGAAAAUAG